CACACCACGAAACCCUAACCUAGCGGCCUCCUUCUCAAUCUAUAAAUAGAGAGCUUAAGCACAAAAUACCUUCACUCGUCUUCUGUUCUCCAGUUUAGCUUUCGGCGCCUCAUAUCAGAAAGAAAUCGUCUUCCUUAGUGCUAGAAUGGGAAAAGAGAAGGUUCACAUCAGUAUCGUGGUCAUUGGACAUGUCGACUCUGGUAAGUCGACAACCACUGGUCACUUGAUCUACAAGCUAGGAGGUAUUGACAAGCGUGUGAUCGAAAGAUUCGAGAAGGAAGCUGCUGAGAUGAACAAGAGGUCCUUCAAGUACGCAUGGGUUCUUGACAAGCUUAAGGCCGAGCGUGAACGUGGUAUCACCAUCGAUAUCGCUCUAUGGAAGUUCGAGACCACCAAGUACUACUGCACAGUCAUUGAUGCUCCCGGACAUCGUGAUUUCAUCAAGAACAUGAUUACUGGAACUUCUCAAGCCGAUUGCGCUGUUCUCAUCAUCGAUUCCACCACUGGAGGUUUCGAAGCUGGUAUUUCCAAGGAUGGUCAGACCCGUGAACAUGCUCUUCUUGCUUUCACCCUUGGUGUGAAACAAAUGAUUUGCUGCUGUAACAAGAUGGACGCUACCACUCCCAAGUACUCCAAGGGAAGGUACGAGGAAAUCAUCAAGGAGGUUGCUUCAUACUUGAAGAAGGUCGGAUACAACCCUGACAAAAUCCCAUUCGUUCCAAUCUCCGGAUUCGAAGGUGACAACAUGAUUGAAAGAUCAACCAACCUUGAUUGGUACAAGGGUCCAACCCUUCUUGAGGCUCUUGACAUGAUCAGCGAGCCCAAGCGUCCAUCAGACAAGCCCCUACGUCUACCACUUCAAGACGUGUACAAGAUCGGUGGUAUUGGAACUGUGCCAGUCGGUCGUGUUGAGACUGGUGUGAUCAAGCCCGGUAUGGUCGUCUGCUUCGGUCCCACCGGUUUGACAACUGAAGUCAAGUCAGUCGAGAUGCACCACGAGGCACUCCCAGAAGCCCUACCCGGAGACAACGUCGGGUUCAAUGUUAAGAAUGUUGCUGUGAAGGAUCUCAAGCGUGGGUUCGUUGCUUCCAACUCAAAGGACGACCCAGCCAAGGAAGCUGCCAGUUUCACUUCUCAAGUCAUCAUCAUGAACCACCCUGGUCAGAUUGGAAACGGAUAUGCACCAGUCCUGGAUUGUCACACAUCCCACAUUGCUGUGAAGUUUGCUGAGCUCCAGACCAAGAUCGACAGGCGAUCAGGAAAGGAGAUUGAGAAGGAACCCAAGUUCUUGAAGAAUGGUGAUGCAGGUAUUGUUAAGAUGAUUCCAACUAAGCCUAUGGUUGUUGAGACGUUUUCGCAGUACCCACCAUUGGGAAGGUUCGCUGUUCGUGAUAUGCGUCAGACUGUUGCUGUUGGUGUUAUCAAGAGCGUGGAGAAGAAGGACCCAACUGGAGCUAAGGUGACCAAGGCUGCAGUCAAGAAGGGAGCUAAGUAAGUCAGUCAAGUAUGGACAUCUGGGUUCGUCCAUCUGUUUUGGUAAUUUAAUUAUGGGCAUGAAGGGUAGACUGGACUUUUUCUUUUUCGGUAUUCUGAGUUUUUUUCUUUUUUGUUUCUGCAUUGUGAACUUAUAUUUGUGGUGGUUUCUCAUUUUUAUUUAUGGUUUUAGUUGAAAACAAGUUGGAUUAUUAUGCAAGUUUGCCUUUUUAUUU